AUGGAUGAUUACUCUCCAGAUGCCAUCUUCAACCGCAGUGAACCCAUCCAGGUGACCUCUGUUGGGCAGCAAAGCCAUGGGUCUACUACUGAACCUACAACGACGGGACGCGAACGAUCUGUCUCCGGUGGUCAUCGCUCUUUACAGGACAAGUUAUUUUCCAAACUCCUUCAGCAAGUCAUCCCCGCAGAAGAUGUCGAUGAUGAAUCGGUAUCUAUCGGGCUUGAGGAUGCGGAUGCCAAGCGACCUGCCUUCAGUUUACCCCUGAUGGCCAACAACUUUCGCAGAUUUAAUGCCAGAAUUGGAAUUGUAUUUUCCUUUCAAAACCAGCUGGAGCGCCUGCUUGGAUGGAAAAAAUCGUCCCAUACGUUCUCAUUUCUCUUUGUUUAUUCUUUUAUCUGUCUGGACCCCCAUCUUCUUGCUAUUAUUCCCAUCGCAGCCGUUCUCCUUUUCGUAAUGGUGCCCGCUUUUCUUGCGCGACAUCCCCCACCACCAUCAACCUCUACAUCUAGCAUUACUCCAUAUUAUUCGUAUCAGGGACCCGCACUAGCGCCUGCGAAGACAAUCAAACCUGCUUCGGAGACCUCGAAGGAUUUCUUCCGAAACAUGAGAGAUUUACAGAACGUCAUGGCCGAUUUUUCUGACAUGCACGACGCCACAGUCUCUGUAUUUGGGCCUCUAACGAACUUUUCUAAUGAGAAAGUGUCUUCAACUGUCUUCCUUCUACUUACACUUGUAACAGCUUCACUUUUUGUGACUGCGCACCUUCUCCCGUGGCGGUAUAUUCUUCUUGUUGGUGGCAACGGGGCGAUCCUGUCCAACCAUCCGAGCCUCCAAGGAAUUCUCCAGGGCAUUGCAGAUGACCUGGCUGAUCAACCAGCAGAUCAAGCCUCUAAACAUAAUGCUGGAAGGAAGGAUGCUUCGGAUAUCCUGGGAUUACCUCCCACGCCAUCUGCAACUAUGUCUUUGCUGGGAUCAUUAACGGAUAUCUCUCUGGACUCAUUUGCCGAGGAGCGUGAGGUGGAGAUUUUUGAAAUACAGUAUAGGUCUCUGGCGCCUUACUCCGAAUCGCAAUGGGAGCAUUUUAUUUUUAGUUCGAUGCCCUAUGAUCCUCUGUCACCGUCUCGUAUUGCAGGAGUCCGGCCCAAGGGAUGCCGGUUCUUUGAAGAUGUUCACGCUCCUCCAGGCUGGGCUUUUAAAAAUAAGAAGUGGGAGCUAGAUCUGGACUGCCGGGAGUGGGUCGUCGAGCGUAUGAUUACUGGUGUUGGGUUCGAGAUUCCCAGUGCCUCUGAAGAUAGUAUGACAAAUGAUGAAAUUGGGGGAUGGGUUUGGGAUCUCCCCUCAUCCUCAUCAGUCAGAGAUGAGUAUGGUGUGGCCACUGCGUUGGGAUAUGAUGAUUUCGACCACACGGACUUGAAUUCUGCUUCGAGCAAGAAAUUCAAAAAGAAAGGGAAAGGGCGAGUCUCUCAAGAUUUUGAAGAGAAGGGGGGUAUUGGGCCAAAUGUCAUGGGAGAAUGGAGGAGGCGACGAUGGAUUCGUAUUGUACACCGGAUAAGCAUGCCAGCCGAGAAGGAAAAAGACCGAAUCCUGGAUAAUACUCAGGAUCAGUAG